GCGCGCGUGCGACGCGUAACCCGGGUGGUACUUCCCGACCUGGUUUCCUGGGCGACGCGUGGUGAGGCUGCAGGCGGUGGGAGCAUGGGGCCUCCUGCGGGCUCCGGGACUCAUCCUAGGGGAGCGGGGACACGGCGUGCGGGCGCGGGGAUCCCCCAGGCCGGCGCGGGAACCCUUGCCGGCGUGGGGACCCCGCCGGGCCUGCAGACCGACUGCGAGACGCUGCUCAGCCGCUUCCAGAACACGGACAGCGUGCGCUUCGAGGACUUUGCGCGGCUGUGGCAGAGCAUGAAGUUCUCGACCAUCUUCUGUGGCAAAAUGAGAAAUUUAAAAAAGAACAUGUUUACAAAAGAAGCUUUAACUUUGGCUUGGCGCUAUUUUUUACCUCCAUACACCUUCCAGAUCAGAGUUGGUGCUUUGUAUCUGCUGUACGGAUUGUAUAACACACAGCUGUGCCAGCCGAAACAAAAGAUUAGAGUUGCCCUGAAGGAUUGGAAUGAAGUUAUAAAAUUUCAGCAAGACUUGAUAAAUGCACAGCAUUUUGAUGCAGCUUACAUUUUUAGGAAGCUGCGACUGGACAGAGCAUUUCACUUCACAGCAAUGCCUAAGUUGCUUUCAUGUAGAAUGAAGAAAAAAAGUCAGCAAACUGAAGUUACCCAAGAAUUUAAGGACCCAAAUGAUCGUGUCAUGAAACUCAUCACUUCUGAUGUAUUAGAGGAAAUGCUGAAUGUUCAUGAUCAUUAUCAAAGCAUGAAACAUGUCAUUUCAGCUGAUAAGUCCAUGCCAGACAAAGCCCUCAGUUUGAUAAAAGAUGAUUUUUUUGACAACAUUAAGAGCAUAGUUUUGGAGCAUCAGCAGUGGCAUAAAGACAGGAAGAAUCCAUCCUUAAAAUCAAAAUUUAAAGAUGGAGAAGAAGAUGGUGAAGGAACAUCCCAAGAACCAGAGAGAUGUGAAAGAGCAGAAUCUUUAGCAAAAAUAAAAGCGAAAGCCUUUUCAGUUGUUGCUCAGUCAUCCAAGUCAAGGAGGCAUCGCCAAGUCAGACUUGACUCAUCUGACUCAGACUCUGCAUCUGGGCAAGUUCAAGAAAAAGCUGUGAAGAAGAGAGCCAGAGACACAGCCAGAGCACCAGGAAAGAAGGGGUCUUCCAGAAGCAAAGGUAAUGUUCAGAAUAAGGAAGAAAAGUCUUUACAUCUGAGUAUGCCUAUCAUUACAGAAGAGGAAGAGGAGACUGACUACUUUAGUGAAACAGAGUUUACUACACCCAAGAGGAAAAGAAAACGCUGAACCAAGAACCUGAUGGACAGUUUUAAAAAUGAACUUGCUGACAGAAGAGAAGAUUUUUAUUUUGUGAUCUGAACAGGAAGAGUGCCAGUGUUAAAAAUAACUCUUCUGAGUCAGGCAUGGUGGCAAACACCGUUAAUCCCAGCACUCUGGAGGCAGAGGCAGGCAGAUCUCUCUGAGUUCAAGGCCAGCUGGGGCUACAGGGAGACCCUGUCUCAAAAAGACCAAAAAAACAAAAAAUAAUUGUUCUGAAAAGCUGAAACUAAUUUCUUUGAAAUGAGAAUACCUUAACGUAGGUAAAGAACUGGAAUAGAGAUUUACGCUGAAGUUUAAUUUUAGCAUUUUCUGUUAUAAAGUCUACAUAAAUGGAGAUAAAAUUUGUGCUUAGAAUGUGAUGGAAAUAAUUUGGCAUUUGUGGAUCGCUGCCAUUUCCUGUACUGGAAUGUUAACUUCUAUUUUGUUUAACUUUUAUUUUCUUAAAAUAUUAAUGUUUGAUAUAUGUUAACUUUUUUUUUCUUAAAAUAUUAAUGUUUGAUAUAUGUAUAAAUAAUUUGUAUCUAUGGUCUAUUAAUAAAUUAGCCUAUGAUUUAUAUUUA